CGCUGAGCGGGAGCCCGGACCUCGCAACGCCCCUCCCGUCCCGCGCGCCCAGCUCGCUCACGCGCGGCCCCUUCCUGGGUCCGAAGGGACCCGCGGAGCGCGGAGGCGGGAACCGCAGCCUCGGAACCACCGACCCCACGCCUUCCCGCCCGCGCGCGGUCACAGACGCCCGCGAACUCGCGCGGCGACUGGCGGACGAGCCCGAGCCGCGGAGCCGCGCGUUUCCCGCAGCCUACGAUCCCGCUCCGGCGCCCGCAUCUCCUGCCGCGGGGCCAGCACCGGCGAUGAGGAGUGGAGCCGCCUGUCUUCCGAGCCGCUGAAACAUUCGUCGCCGAUCGCCUGGAGGUCUCCUCUCCGCAUACCCACUCGUGCCAUCCGCCCGGGGCAUGGGCCCCCCGACAAGGCUCCAGGAGGCACCCCGGCCUCGCAAGAUGUGAGAGGCCCGCUUGGGUAGAUUUCGAGGUUCCGGAGAGCAGCGGAGAGCUCCCAGCCAGCGCCCGCGCGCCCGGCGGGGUGGCGGUGAGCGCUGCGCCUCGCCCGGGUGAGAACGUCCGGGAGCGCCGGAGCCGGCCUGAAGCGAGUAGCUGGCCCGAGGCGCGCCGCGGAGCAGGCUGUCAUGCCCUAUUGAUCCCCCCCCCGCCCCCAGCCAAGUAUGUUUGGGCUGGACCAGUUCGAGCCCCAGAUCAACAGCCGGCACGCUGGCCAGGGCGAGGGGAACUUUAACGAAGCCGGACUGAGUAUGAACGCCCACUUUAAGGCUCCUUCUUUCCACACCGGGCCCCCUCCUGGCCCUGUGGACCCUGCCAUAAGCGCUCUGGGUGAACCCCCUAUCUUGGGGUUGAACAUGGAGCCCUACGGCUUUCACGCGCGCGGCCACUCAGAGCUGCACGCAGGGGGGCUGCAGGCGCAGCCUGUGCACGGCUUCUUCGGUGGUCAGCAGCCUCACCAUAGCCACCCCGGAGGCCACCACCCCCACCAGCAUCACCCCCACUUCGGGGGCAACUUCGGUGGUCCGGACCCAGGUGCCUCGUGUCUGCACGGGGGCCGGCUUCUUGGCUACGGAGGUGCAGCGAGCGGCCUGGGCAGCCAGCCGCCUUUCGCAGAGAGUUAUGAGCACAUGGCGGAGAGCCAGGGGCCGGAGGGCUUCGGCCCGCAGCGGCCAGGAAACCUCCCGGAUUUCCACAGUUCGGGCACUUCGGGCCACGCCGUGCCUGCCCCGUGCCUGCCGCUGGACCAGAGCCCUAACCGGGCUGCUUCUUUCCACGGCCUGCCGGCCUCCAGCGGCUCGGAUUCUCACAGUCUGGAGCCCCGGAGGGUGACGAACCAAGGAGCUGUAGAUUCGCUGGAAUACAAUUACCCGGGCGAGCCGCCCUCAGGACAUUUUGACAUGUUUUCGCCCUCCGACUCCGAAGGACAGCUGCCACAUUACGCGGCGGGUCGACAGGUUCCCGGGGGCGCUUUCCCGGGUGCUUCGGCCAUGCCCAGAGCCGCAGGCUUGGUAGGUUUGUCCAAAAUGCACGGCCAGCCACCGCAGCCACCACCACAACAGCAGCAACCUCAGCACGGAGUGUUCUUCGAGAGGUUUGGCGGGGCCCGAAAGAUGCCUGUGAGUCUGGAGCCUGCAGUGGGCUCCCGGCACCCAUUAAUGCAGCCUCCCCAGCAGGCCCCACCAUCCUCGCAGCAGCAGCCCCCCCAGCAGCAGCCGCCACCACCCGGGCUUCUGGUCCGACAGAAUUCUUGCCCUCCUGCUCUCCCGCGGCCCCAGCAGGGCGAGGCUGGCACACCCAGCGGCGGCCUGCAGGACGGGGGCCCCAUGCUGCCCAGCCAGCACGCUCAGUUUGAGUACCCCAUCCACCGGCUAGAGAACCGGAGCAUGCACCCAUAUUCUGAGCCUGUUUUCAGCAUGCAGCAUCCCCCUCCUCAGCAGGCGCCCAACCAGAGGCUGCAGCAUUUCGAUGCGCCCCCCUACAUGAACGUGGCCAAGAGGCCUCGCUUUGACUUCCCGGGCAGCGCAGGCGUGGACCGUUGCACCUCGUGGAAUGGUAGCAUGCAUAACGGCGCCCUGGACAACCAACUUUCUCCCUCUGCCUACCCAGGCCUCCCAGGCGAGUUCACACCGCCUGUGCCGGACAGCUUCACCUCGGGACCGCCCUUGCAACACCCGGGUCCGGAACACCAGUCUCUGCAGCAGCAGCAGCAGCAGCAACAACAGCAGCAGCAUCAGCAGCAGCAACAGCAGCAGCAGCAACAGCAGCAGCAGCAACAACAACAACAACAACGCCAGAAUGCGGCCCUCAUAAUUAAACAGAUGGCGUCUCGGAACCAGCAGCAACGGUUGCGACAGCCCAACCUGGCCCAGCUAGGUCAUCCUGGGGACGUAGGCCCAGGUAGCCUGGUCCACGGAGGUUCGAUGAGCGGCUUGGCUCAGACGAACUUUGAACGAGAAGGCAGCAGCACGAGUGCGGGGCGUCUGGGCGGCUUCGAGCAGCAGGCGUCCCACCUGGCACAAGAGAGUGCAUGGUUUCCCGGUCCACACCCGCCGGGAGACCUGCUGCCCCGGAGGAUGGGCGGUGCGGGGUUGCCGGCAGACUGCGGCCCGCACGACCCUGGCCUAGCGCCUCCCCCUGCCCCGGGUGGUUCAGGGGUGCUAUUUCGAGGCUCUCUGCAGGAGCCUCUGAGGAUGCCGGGGGAAGGCCACGUGCCCGCUCUGGCUUCGCCGGGGCUGCAGUUUGGGGGCAGCUUGGCUAGUUUAGGCCAGUUGCAGUCGCCUGGGGCUGGUGUGGGACUGCCCAAUGCUCCGUCUGAGCGGCGGCCCCCGCCUCCAGAUUUUCCUGCGCCAGCUCUCGGGGGCCAGCCCGGCUUUCCAUUUGGCUCAGGGAGCCGGCAGGCCACCCCGCACAGCGCUCCAGGCGUGAACUCGCCCCCGAGUGCGGGCGCCGGUAGCAAUAGCUCGGGCUCUGGCGGGGGACCUUAUCCGCCGCAGCCGGAUUUCCAGCCCAGCCAGCGCAACUCGGCCAGUAAACUGGGCGCGCUGUCGUUGGGGUCCUUCAACAAACCCAGCUCCAAGGACAACCUGUUCGGCCAGAGCUGCCUAGCUGCGCUCUCCACUGCUUGCCAGAACAUGAUCGCCAGCCUGGGUGCUCCCAAUCUCAACGUUACUUUCAACAAGAAGAACCCACCCGAAGGGAAAAGGAAACUGAGCCAGAACGAGCCCGACAGCGCGGCUGCGGCCGGCAACCCGGGCUCGGAUUACUUCCCUGGAGGGACUACUGGGGCCCCUGGACCCGGAGGCCCUUCCGGGACCGGUAGUGGCGGUUCCAAAUCCUCAGGACCGCCAAACCCACCCAUCCAGGGUGAUGGCACCAAUCUCUCCCCCAACUAUACCCUGGAAUCAACAUCGGGGAACGAUGGCAAGCCUGGACCUGGGGGCGGUGGCCGGGGAAGGGGACGCAGAAAAAGGGACAGUGGUCACGUGAGCCCCGGGACCUUCUUUGACAAGUACUCUGCAGCUCCUGACAGUGGAGGAGCACCAGGGGUGAGCCCCGGGCAACAGCAGGCUCCUAGCUCAGCGGCUGCGGCAAGCUCUUUGAACGAGGCCCGCGGGCCCACGCCCCACGAGAAGGCCCUCACGUCACCGUCGUGGGGAAAGGGAGCCGAGUUGCUCCUUGCGGACCAGCCGGACCUCAUGGUGUCCCUGGACAGCACAGCCAAAUCGGAUGGUAAUUCCCCGCACGUGGGUGAGUUCGCCUCUGAUGAGGUGAGCACAAGUUAUGCGAACGAGGACGAAGUGUCCUCCAGUUCUGACAACACCACAGUCCUGGCCAAAGCCAGCCGAAGCCCCCUGGUGACCAGCUCACCCAAACUUCCUCUUCGAGGGGUGGGUACUGGGGAACAUGCACCGAAGGCUCCCGCGCUGGGCCUGAGUAUCCUGUCUACCUCUACCUCGACCCCUGACAGCUAUGGUGGGGGCGUGGGCACCGGCCAUCCUGGCACUCCAGGUCUGGAGCAGGUCAGGACCCCAACUAGCAGCAGCAGCAGCAGCAGUGCACCGCCGCCCGACGAGAUCCAUCCCCUGGAGAUUCUCCAGGCCCAGAUCCAGCUGCAGAGACAGCAGUUCAGCAUCUCGGAGGACCAGCCCCUGGGGCUCAGGGGUGGCAAAAAAGCUGAGUGUGCUGUAGGGGCCUCAGGAGCACAGAACGGUGACAGCGAACUGGGCAGCUGCUGCUCUGAGGCCGUCAAGAGUGCCAUGAGCACCAUCGACCUAGACUCUCUGAUGGCAGAGCACAGCACCACCUGGUACAUGCCGCCUGACAAGGCCCUGGUGGAUGGUGGAGAUGAAGACAAGACGCUGGCACCCUGGGAGAAGGCCAAGCCCCAGAACCCCAACAACAAAGAAGCCCAUGAUCUCCCCACCAACAAGGCCCCAGCCACCCAGCCUGGCAGCCACCUGCAGUGCCUGACUGUCCACUGCACAGAUGGUGACCCCAAGGCCCGCACCUCUGUACCCACGUGGCGGUCUCUGCACUCUGACAUCUCCAACCGAUUCGGGACAUUUGUGGCCGCCCUGACUUGAGCCCCUGGGAGCCCCUGCCCUACCCACUCAUGAGGGCCUCUGUGGCUGAGCAGACUCAUGUUUUUGUCUAGGUUGGUACCUGCUUAGUGGCACUCGGAAUGGAAAGGGUUCACUGAAAGGGGCUGGGGAAGGUGAUAAAGAGAACCUCAAAAGUUUAUUUUAAAGAAACUGUGUGCCAUGUCAUGACACCAGUACCAGUCCUCUGCCAACAGCAAACACUGGCUCAAGCCGUUUUCCUGCUAGAGAACCCCGUUUUCUGUACUUGGAGUGUGUUCUAGAAGGCCCUUGCCUUGUUUAAGCCCAGGCAGGGUGCACCUUUUACCCUCUUUUCUUUUUUAUUCUCUUUUAUUCUCCCCCUUCGCCUUUUCUUUCCCCUUUGCUUUGUUUAUCACUAAGAUGGAGAUCUUGGAGAGUAGUGUUCUGGAAUAUUCCCGGGGGGAGGCUGCAGGGCUGCCACAGCAUUCGCUACUCCGUCACCAGUUAGGAGACAAGACACACGAGCAGCUAGAGGAACUUCCAGGGACUGGGCUUUUUCCACUGCCUCUCUGGCCCUUAGCCUUCAGCUAGCUUCUGUUUCUCCCACUGGGGACUGUUCUUUCAGUCCCUCCUAGGUUGGGUCCCGGAUGCUGGGAUGCUGUGUCCAGCCACUUGGAGGAAGGAGUCUGCCAGGGUCACGAACUCCCUUCUCCUUUACUGACUUCACCGUUGCACACUGCCUUUUCUGGGCUGAGCAGGGUGGCCUUGUGACCCUCAGAGGGGACAGGGAAGAGGCAGUCAGUUGUCCUAGUGACUUUCUGACCCUGCUCUCCCAGGUGGCAGCCAGGGUACCUCAGCUCUCCCACCUCCUCCUGGGAGUCCAUCCCUGGGAGGAGGGAUUAAGGCAGCCACACUCAGGCUGAGACACUCUCUUUGGUCCUGCAGUUCCCACAGGGAUGAGGGGAAGGAGAAUAGAAGGAGUGGCUUCAUGAUGUCCAUUCCUGGGCCUCAUGUUCCCUUCCUGCCCUUCUGAUUCCAUUUCAUUCUGAUUUAAAAGCAGAGCCCUGCCCAGUGUGUCCCUUCAAGAGGCAGUUCUUGCUCCCAAGCAGAGAUCUCAGUGCUGAUGUGGACACCUCAGGGUGUGAUCUCCACCUGACCGACCUCUGUGCCCACUGCUGUGGGGCUGUCCGUCCCUGGGAGGGUCCGACCAGAGCCAGCUCUAGUUCAGCUCAGCCAUUCUUAUCAGUGUGUCUUCCCAGUUGCUCCUUUCUGAGCCCCCACCCCAACUUGACAGAUCCCCUUCCUUUUCUUAGCAAGAGGCCUGAAGGCUCGGGGCUCUCCAGACACCCACAUUGUUUGUGUCAAGGGACUUUCAACUGUGGGAGCCACUUGCCAAGAGCUGGCGCGCGCUCUCUUCUCUCUCUCUCUCUCUCUCUCUCUCUCUCUCUCUCUCUCGUCCUCCUCCUCCUCUUGGCUGAGAUCGGAGCCCCAGGGUCUGCACUUGUUGCCUGGGCAGUGUGGGGGGCUCAGAGGGCAGACAGAAACAGGAGACAUGGGCUGCUGAGUAGGAAGGGUCCUCUGUUCUGUGCCCAAAGCAUUGAGGGGAUGGCUUCCCCUUCCACGGGCCACAGGAGCACCCUCCAGGUUUGGGUCCAGACUCUACAUUAACUCUCAGAGUUUGCAACGUCUAGAGGUCUGAGAGCCAGUUUUUCACUCCCAAACAAGAAUGACUUCUCCUUCACUGCUCAAGGCUGGGGAACAAAUGUCCUAACGUCCAUCAACAAACUUCCCAGCAUCAGUCCACGUGCAGCUGCCAGUGUGUGGCUCAGGCCAUCUCCAACCCCGGGAGUGUCCAGUGUUUUCAUUGUCUCAUUCCCCACCACCCCAGGGUGAAGCAGCCUUAAGCAAAAGGAUGUCACAUCAUGAAAUUUGGUUUAGUAGAACGAAUAAAAGUGGAAGAAAACCACGCCCGAAGCGCGAAAGCCUGGGAACCCUGUAAUCAGUACACAGCCAACUCCAGCAGAGAAGGAAAUCGCUAUUGCACAUGUAAAAUAUGAACCCUUAACCCUGCGGUGCCGUGCGCGAGCCUGUAAGCUUUUUUGAGUCUUAAAGAAACCAUUUCUGAAAUGCUUGGUUGGAAGACAGUGACAAUAGCUCAUGAAACUGAGUGGUAUUUUUCUUUCUUUUUUAAAAAAAUAUGUAAAGUUGAGUCUUCCGUAUUCACGCAUACUGUAUAUACGUGUAUAUGUUUUGCUGAGCGGCUUAAAUAACAAUAAAUACAAUGUUAAUGGUG